AUGUCGAGAGAGGCUCCACUGAAAGCUGAAAAAGAUUUCACCGAGACGCUGGACGAGCAAUUGCCUCAGAUUGAGCAGCUGUCCACUUCAGACUACAAGUCUGCCGUCGACAAGCUGCUGUUGCUGGAGAAGCAAACAAGGCAAGCGUCCGAUCUGGCCUCUUGCAAGAGAAUUAUGAUAACCUUGAUGGACCUUUUAGCUUCCAAGAAAGACUGGUCUUUGCUUAAUGAGCAGAUCCUGUUGCUUUCCAAGAAGCAGGGUCAACUGAAAGAUUCCGUCAGGGUCAUGAUUCAACAAGCGAUAUCCCAUCUCUCCGAGAUCCAAGAUUUGGAAACAAAGAUUCAAACGAUAGAGACCAUCCGCACAGUGACUGAAAACAAAAUAUUCGUGGAAAUCGAGCGUGCAAGGGUGACAAGAAUACUCAGUGACAUUCUGUUGGAGAAAAAGAACGAUUUGGAUAAAGCGUGCGAUGUGUUGUGCGAAUUGCAGGUCGAGACGUACGGGUCUAUGGAACUGAGUGAGAAGAUAGAGUUCAUUUUGAGACAAAUGACUCUGAGCAACAAGAGAGGUGAUUAUCAGAUGUCUAAGAUGCUUUCGAGAAAGAUUCUGGUGAGAUCUUUGGAGAAGUUUGCGGACCAAAAAUUGGAAUACUACAGAUUAAUGAUUGACAUUGCUUUGAGUGAAGAUGACUACAUCAACCUGGUGAAAUACUACCUUGCCAUCUACGACAUCCCAAAAAUAAAGGGAGACAGCAACGAGUCUUUGGAGGCUUUGAGACAGAUCGUUUACUACAGCAUUCUUUCUCCGUAUUCCAAUCUGCAGAACGAUCUGAUCUCAAGAGUGAAGAUAGACAAAAACGUUGAUAAGCUGCCAACCGAAAAGGAGAUACUCAAACUCUUCACUGCAGACGAGCUGAUCAACUGGAAACAAACUGAGGCACAGUUUGGCGAUUAUUUGUUCAAAGAUACCACCUUCGAUCAGUCGACUGAGAAAGGUAAGCUGCACUACAAAGAUCUCCAGAAGCGCGUGAUAGAAUACAAUUUGAGAAUAGUGUCAAAGUAUUACUCGUCUAUCAGACUGGAAAGAUUAUGUGAGCUGCUGCAGCUCGAACAACAGGAAGUUGAACUAAACAUCAUUGAGUUAGUGAAUAAUGGGGUUAUCUACGCUAAGAUCAACCGGCCACUGAAACUUGCCAGCUUCAUCAAGCCGAAGAACGAGAAUGAGUAUCUGAAUGAGUGGAGUUCAAAUAUCGACCAGCUUCUGAGCAGUAUAGAGACCGUCGAGCAUCUGAUCACCAAGGAGGAGAUGAUGUAUGCUGCGAAGGUGAAAUAA